UCUCGUUCCGUCAUUCCCUACCCACCCACCCAAUGCGCCCGUGAGUGUGAAAUCCCACUCUUAUCGCAGCGCACUGCCGCCGCGCCGUCCCGCAGCAGAGCGGCGCCGCCGACGCUUCGUUCCCCGGCUCCUCCGCCUCCCCACCUCUCGCGCGAGUCGCCGCCCCCCUUCUACCUCGUCGCGUCCCUGCUGUCUCCGCAACCCUGGGAAUUGGGUUUUGAGGCGUUUGAGGUGGUUCAUCUAAGCCAUAGGGCGUCCACUUUGUUUGUUAAUUUCUAAGCACGCUUCUGACACAAAAUGGCAUUGCUUUUUCGCUUCAGUCAACUGAGGAACAGCAUAUGGAGUAGUUGUCCUGCCAGGUUGCGUAUGCAACAUACUGGAUUGUCACCUGGAACACUGCUUGAUCCAAAAAGCUAUGAGAAGCGCCUUUUCUCAACAAGGGUUCAAGAGACAGCUAGUUUGCACAGAACUGAUCUUGGUCCGUGUAUUUCUGGAAUUCAGCCAUUAAAGUUUCAGCAGACUUCUGAACAUGAGCAAUCUGCGCCUCUUCUUAUCUUUGAUAUUGAGACCACUGGUUUUUUCCAGAAGACCACUGGUAAUUUCCAGAAGGGUAAUAGAAUCACUGAGUUUGCAGUCCGUGAUCUUUGUGGAGGAAAGAAUAGCACAUUUGAAACUCUCAUUAAUCCUGAGAGGGAUGUUCCUGGGUACCUAAAAAAAGUGAAUAACAUUAACACUGAUUUGGUCUGCAAACCUGAUGUCCCGAGGUUCAGUGAUGUACUUCCAUUACUAUUGGCAUUUGUUCAAAGCCGCCAAACUCCUGGCAAACCAGUUAUAUGGGUUGCUCAUAAAGCAAAUACAUUUGAUGCUCCUUUCCUUGCCCAAGAGUUUAACCGUUGUUCAGCUCAGAUGCCUGAAGAUUGGCUGUUUGUUGACUCCCAUUGCUUGGCAAGGAAGUUGCCGAUGCUUGAGCCAUCAGAAGAUAAGAAGCAUCUCCUAAACUUGGAGUCGCUAAGCAAACGCUAUGGCAUCUCUGCGGAAGGCUCUGCUCAUAGAGCAAUGAAAGAUGUGACGACAUUAUGUCAUGUUUUCCAGAAAAUGAGUUUUGAUCUAAAAUUGACAUAUGAAGGCCUAAUAAAUGAGGCCACCAAGGCUAGUUAUUUCAGCAAGCUUCUUAAGUAAAUAUUUGUUGUUUCCAGCUUCCUUGUUUUAGUGGUCACAUUUGUUUGAAUCUCCUCAAUAGGAUUAGCCUCUCCUAAACAUUGCUGGUUAUUGUUGCCUUUGUUGUAGCAUCUCAAGACUCAGUGGCUUCUUUUGUUUGAAAAGUAGCUGCAUUUUGUCAGCGAAAGCCCUACUCUGUGAACUGAA